GCGUCAUAAAACACGCAUGCUCAGUUUGCAGAGCGCUCAAUGGUUGCUUGUCAACAAAACAGUGUCGGUUGAACCGUGAAUAGAAACUGCCGUGUGCCACACGUCGGUGUUAGUGCGUGUGACCUCAUCAUAAAAGAAUACUAAUUUAUAUAUAAUGUCGGCUGAACAAGCGCAGGAGGCGGUGGAGCAAGUAGCUCAGGAGGUGAAGGACAUCAAACUAGAAAAUGGGUCAGCACCGGGCGCAGCCAACGGAACUACUGCAAAGAAUGAUGACAAUGUCAUUCCUUUUAAGGAUGCCUUUAAAAUGUUUUCAAAAUUCGGCGACCCAAAGUCUGAUGGAAAGCAAAUAACAUUAUCUCAAAGCGAUAAAUGGAUGAAACAAGCAAAAGUUAUAGAUGGGAAGAAAAUCACAACUACGGAUACAGCGAUCCACUUCAAAAAAUUGAAAUCCGUAAAACUAGGCAUCGACGAUUACCAGAAGUUCCUUGAUGAUCUCGCAAAAAGCAAGAAAGUAGAACUAGAAGAAAUAAAGAAAAAGCUAACAACGUGUGGACAACCCGGCAUAUCUACCCAUCUACCAAAGUCGCCAGCCGCAGCCGCCGCUGUGGACCGUCUCACCGACACGUCCAAGUACACCGGCUCCCACAAGCAACGCUUCGACCAAACUGGCAAGGGUAAAGGCAUUGCGGGCCGGAAAGAUCUCGUCGACGGCGCGGGCUACGUCACCGGUUACCAGCACAAAGAUACAUACGACAAAAGCCACUAAGUUAAAACUCUUAUUACGUAUAUUUCUUAUAAAUAUAGUGUACCUUUCGAUAUUCUGAAUGUAUUCUCCAAUGCACCGUUAGGAACGACGAACGCAGCUGUUGUGCAGUGCGUACCUAUAUAGUAAGCGUGACUUUAAACGAAGAAGUAAACUUCGUAAUAUUGACGGGAACUAGUAUAUUUUGUUUUUGUAUUAAUUUAUUUAUUUAGUUGAAGAAACAACAUUCCCAAUUAUAAUUAUUGUAAGAUUCAGCUAUACCAGUAUAUGACUUUCGUCUUUGUAUUUCUAGUCGUGAUAAUUAGAUUUUUGUAAACACUUUUAUUGAUAUGAAAUUUGCAUAAAAUGUGACAUUAUAUUCAAACUUUAAUAUAUUAUAUAUUUUUUAUAGUGAGGAACCAAAAAUAUUCGAGAAAAGUACAAUUUUACAUUUUAGCACCUCUUCGUACAAAUAAAACGAAACGUAUUUGAAUUUGAUUUACUUUUAUUGGUCAACUAUAUUAAUACACAUUUUUAUGUAUAAAUAAGUGGAAAUCAGAUUUUAUGAAUUCAAUAUGUACGAAAUAUACCUAAAAAUGUCGUUUUUUAUUUUUACCUUUUACAGUUAACGUUGUAACUAUUAUAUCUACCUUUAAAUAGAAUAAUUAAACACUUUAAAUUUCA